ACUUAUCGUACAUCAAGCCGUUUAUCAAAUUACAAACGUGAAUUAACUGUGACAGUUUUGCGGCUUCUAUUCGUAUUUCAGCGGUAAAGUCAGCUGUCAUUAUUGAUUUUCCUAACGCUGCGACUGCCACGCUGUCUUGUGUCAAGACAGAAAACUAAAGAUUUUCUCGUGCUUCCACUGUCGUCUGCUGAUUGCUGAAGCUCAAAUGCGUAAUCUUCGGUGUUGUUGAAGCUAAUAGAAUGUCAGUGUAGUAGUUGUGAGCUAAAUUCAAUAACUCGAUGGACACUCAUCACGUUUUCAGUGUGGUAGUAAGAAAGCUCGUUUCUGUUGGAUUCCAUUAAACUCUGUAUUCCGUAAAUUGAAUAACAUGGAAGGCUGAAUUGAGUGAGAUUGUAGCUCACUUCAAAUUUACCAGCAAUGUGUAACCCAGUCGGUCUGUUCCUUUUUGUAGUUUGUUUAAUAUCUAGAGACUCUCUUGUUGGAAGUACAAUCCACUCAAGUGACACUGCAAAUAAUGUGAAAGCAGGUAGUUUGGUUCAACAAGAACCUAUUAGCAAAAUAGCGAAACGACAUGGUCAAGUGUCUGACAGUUUUCAGACGUGUGCCGAUAAUUUUGACAUCCACGAAGAUCAGAUAAUUAGGACUCAGGACUCGCGAGCUCUGGGUGCCAAAUACAUUGACGAGAGAGAUGUGCCUUCCAGGGAUGAUUGUCUUCGUCUCUGCUGCGAAACGGCUGAUUGCGAUGUCUUUGUAUUCGAGGAAAGGAGCCCAGGCAGCUGCUAUCUGUUCCAGUGUGGUCCUCAGAAUGAUUUCAAGUGUAAAUUCACAAAACAUCACAACUACACGAGUGCAUUCCUCACUGCCAACCAUCACCAACACAUGACUGAGCUGGAAAGUCAGAUUAAGCUCACAAAGCACGAACAUGAACUGACUCAGUUAAGACAACCUGGCGAUGUAGCAACUGCAGUUGUGCCAACCUCAGACAUUACAACACCUUCUGGCAAUAAGGAGACCGAACAGGUUGUUCCAGCCACUUCCAAUAUUCAGUUACCCAUCAAUCGUCGCUGCAGCAGAUACCAAUUCGAGUGCAAGGGUUCAGGCGAGUGUAUAGCUAUUUACAAUGCAUGCGACGGAAUACCGCAGUGCUCUGACGCUAGUGACGAAGGGCCUGAACUGGGAUGUCCUGCUGUCUUGACAACAGUUGGCCCCGUCGAGAAGAUCGUGAAGGAAGCUCCCUCGUCAAUUGGGAGCAUGAAACCAGUGGCCAGCAAAACAUUGGAUGCCGUGAACCAGGCCAGUCCAAUCCAGCAGCAGAGUGACAACGUUCCUAUUGUUAGCAAACAAUUCAAGAGUUCGUCAUGGCCUCAACAGCAACAAUCAUCUUAUGGUGGAUUGGAGAAACAACAACAGACCGCCGUCCAAAUGCCGGAAUACGGCAGUCAGUUGCGUCAGUCACCUCCACUCAAGCAACAGAGCUUGGUGGACACAGGCAGUUACCCUGUGAACAGCGCAGGCGCAAUCUUGCCCCAACAGCUGACUCCUCAACAACAGCUGAUGCACCACCAUUCUGCGCAUGCGCAGCAACAACAGCAGCAGUUGACGCAGCAACAGCAGUUGGUGCAUGCGCAGUCACCCGUGCAGCUGAUGAACCAGGCCAAGGUGUACGGUCGGGAGGGGGAGGGGCUGUUGUAUCAGCAUGUUGCCCCCCCGGACAGCAUGCAACAGUGGCCGGCUUCCUACCAGCAGGAGAACCCAGCAUCAAUCAUGCAACAAAAUCACAUCUCACCGUUCCAUGCUAACGCCAAUAAUAAUGGAAUGAGCCAGAUUUUCAAUCAUAAAGGAAGUGGACUGAUUUCACAAGCAGAGAACAAUAACAACCAGUUGAGUGAGUCACUGCAGAACGAUUAUAACAAUCACUACAACUACAUUGACAAUUCGCAGGGAUUCAGAAUGUUUCCUCAAAUGCCAUUGCAGAAGAACUGGCAAAACACUCACAUGCAGCAUGAGAUGAGUAACAUAGAAGACGGCAUGAUGAGUGGGCGAGAUGAGGCGGGCCAAAUGCAAGGGGCUGCCAUAGCGCCAGACUAUUACUACGAGGAGAGCACCAACCUCAGGAGCAAGCUGCAACAACAACAGCUGCAGCAACAGCAACUGCAACAACAACAGCAGCAGCAACAACAGCUGAUCAAUCAGAGAGUGGCACCACCUCCCCACAAGCAAUCGCCUCACAUCCUGAAUAUCGUUGUCGACCAAGAUGAUAAGGUGGAUAAAAUCUCUCCAGCAGAAGUGACUCUGGAUCACGUGAAUCAUGAUCUGCCGUCAUCGGCUGGGCAGGGCACUGUCAAGAAGGACUCGGCUCAUCACACUCUCCCGACUUCGGCAGCUCCUGUCCCCACUGACAAACCAGAAGCUGUAGCUUUAGCUGCGGCAGCAAAAGCUCAGAGCCUUGACAACCUGAACUACCAUCGCCGCAUGGAACAGCUGACUGCCGAAAUAUCGCUGAGAGAGACAACUUUCGAAAGCAGCUCUUCCCAUGUCAACGAUAGUCCCAGUGGUGCUAUACUGUCUCUCACUAUGGGUAUGUGCGUAACUGGCGUGAUGAUAAUAAUAGUCGGCUGCAGGAUGAGAACUGUAAGAAGAAGGAUGCGCAGAGGCGGAAGAUCGUCUUAUGCGCAUGAUGCCGAUUUCCUAGUCAAUGGAAUGUAUUUAUAAACAAAAACUACCACUACUUAAUACAAUACUAGUCAUUCGUCAGUAUGUAGAUGUCUUCAGUUGUUUCUUUUUCUAUUGUGAAUAGCAAAAUUUAUAUUUGAUAUAAGACAAAAUUGUUGUUGGAUAUUAUAUAUAGUCGCUCGUAUCUUGUUGACUAAUGAAUAAACUUUUCAAAAUAAAUUUGAAAUUAACAGCAUUGUUGCACAAUAAUACAUAACUAGUUGAAAGUUUGCUGUUGUGAUAGAAUAUAAAUAAUCACAAUAAAAUAUCUAAAAGCAGACAUUAUUGGUGUCUUUCACUAUAUUAAUCGGCUAUUAUGAAUAUUAUUGAAAACCAGUAUUAUUGGGUGUUAUUGGGCAGCAUGAUCUAUGGAGAUCUAUUGUAAACUUUAUAAAAGAUCUUAAACAGUAACUUUAUUGUGAACUAACUAUGCUAUUCAUGUGUUUAAGUGGAAUAUAUGAUAAUAUGAUGCCUUCUGAAGGGAAUAGAUUUAGGCCUACUCACUUAUUUUCACUGUUCAUAAUAAAAAAACUUGGAAUUUUAA